AGCUGUCCCAACUGAGCAUAUCUACCCCAAGGAUAGAACGCGGGGUAGCAUUAGUAACGUCGCGCGUGGACACGCCUACUAACCCCAACCACAUGCCCGCUUUUAAAUCAAUGGGCGUGUCCCAACUAGUUUCACAUGUGAAAAUCUAUUGGACUGCCGAGAAAGGGGCGUUGCUCGUCCUGCGAAUAUGAGAACAAAUACAAAUUUAAAACUCACACGACUACAGCACCCAGGUGCGGCAUUGAUAUUACGAGUCUUUAUUGAGAUGUAUUGCUUAGGUUUACACCUGUAAUACUAAAAGAUUAUUUGCCUCGAGGCCCCCGUUAUUUUUAAAUCAGAACUUUUUUUAAUAUAGCGCCUUUAUGAUGUAGGUAGUAUCCGUAUUCCAAAAAACAGACACAGACACGUCGCAGGGAUGACUGCGGGGGUGAGACAACCGAGCCAAGUUUUGUUUGAUUUUCUGCGCACGUAGCCUCGUGUAAGCUGACAUCGCGUCUUUGCAGUCUACUGACAAAAGCUAGAAACGUGAAACACAGGCAGCGACGAAUCUCGUUUUUAUACCUACAACUCGGUGUACGCAGGGUGGUCUCGAUCGCACUGAAUUAAACGACUUCUUGGAGCCCUGUCCGUUCCGUUCCCCGCAGGACGAGGGACACAAGUGCCUCCGUAAGGUGACCACGUUACUGAACCGCGGCGCUUAUCCGGUGCGCACAUUCGUCUCAGUCUCCUCGGCUGACCCUGUAUGCCUGCGCCUGUUUUUUCAUUUUCCUCUAGCGCAGUUUUUUUGUCGAGUAUUGUAAUGUAAAAACGGAUCGACUUCUCGUCUGUUUUUGAUCAAAGCGGAUUUACGCGAAGGUUGGGAGAGAAGACGAAAAAAAACGAAACAAAUCGACCAGCUGCUUACAGCACAACGCCACAGAUAAGCCGAGGAUACGAACAACGGGGGAUCCUCCGGUGCGGGGGUUAGCUGGGGCAUUUCUCUAAUGAAUGCCCCCGCCCCCUUCCCCAGCGCUCCGCAUCAGCUGACAGCCAGGUGAACGCUCGGAGCCGAGUGUCGCCUUUUUGCGAGCCUUUUGACGAAACAUCCAUUUUUACAUUUCUACAGAGGAGACACUGCGCCGUGUGUGUGUGAGAGGGGGACAUCAAGACAAGCCUGGGACACAACAUGCCGCAGCGAUUAACACUCUGAUGGGAUCACGCUUAACUGUUCUGUCGCCGCAUUUCUUCAUUUUUUAAAGGGGUGUUUGUGGUGGUGCGGCGGAUGGUGGGGGGGAUUAUGAUGGCGCUGUGACUCGAGAACGAGAGGCGAGCGGAGCGGAUACCUGCAAUAAGAAAGAAAGGGAAAAAUAGCGGGAACGAUUUCUGCAUGUUCUCGAGGAAAUAAGAACAUCGACAGGGGUUUCGAUCGUCCGAGCCCACCUGCACCGAGGCGCGGCGCCCAGUCGCUUAGUGCCACCUGUUUCUAGUGGCAGUUCAGCGCUACAUCUACAAUCGCUAAGGUGUGAGCAAAGCCUGCCGGACUUCUCUGGAUUCUCACCGCGGUCUUUCGGAGCCUGCAGGGAAGUUUGGAUUUUUGGGCUCACACGGACAAGCGGAGAUGUUCCCGGUGGGAUUUGUCUGCUGCCAGGUGAUCCCGUGAAGGAAAAUCAACGGGAAAACAAUUUAGACAUGCUGUCCGUGGGGUACCCCUCACAGAACCUGGCCCGUGUGGUGGUCUGGGAGUGGCUCAACGAGCACGGCAGAUGGCGACCCUACAGCGCUGCAGUGUGCCACCACAUCGAGAACGUCCUCAAAGGGGACCCACGGGGCACUGUCGUCCUGGGGCAGGUGGACCCCCAGCUGGCUCCUUACAUCAUCGACCUGCAAUCCAUGCACCAGUUCCGACAGGACACAGGAACAAUGAGACCUGUACAAAGGAAUUUCUAUGACCCCUCAUCUGCUCCUGGAAAAGGGGUUGUAUGGGAGUGGGAAAAUGACACUGGCUCUUGGACACCCUACGACAUGGAAAUCUGUGUAACGAUUCAGAAUGCUUAUGAGAAGCAACAUCCUUGGCUUGACCUUACCUCUCUGGGCUUCUGCUACCUCAUUGACUUUAACAGCAUGGCGCAGACCAACCGUCAGAGCCAGCGUAAGAGGAGGUUGCGUAGGAGAAUGGACCUAGCCUACCCACUCACGAUGGGCUCUAUCCCAAAAUCACAGUCCUGGCCUGUUGGCCCCAGCUUGGGACAGCCAUGUUCUUGCCAGCAGUGCAUCUUGGUGAAUAGUACACGAGCUGCCUCCAAUGCUAUUUUGGCCUCCCAGCGCCGUAAAGUCUAUGCUGGCACCAAUGGUGCCUCUGGGACCCUUACUAUUGUACGGCAGAGCAACACAUUUGCAGGCACAACCCUGUGGUCUGCUGCAUCUUCUGUCAGCAGCAGCUCAGCCAAACCAGAGCAAGUGCAGCCACCAGGAGCUCUCUCCACCUUCCCCAGGCUCCCACCUCCACCAGCACCUACUGCUGUCUCAGGCCAGAAUAAUUUAAACCGUCCAGGAACUCAGCGCACAGCAAUAGUCAGUACACGAGGCUCCAUUCCUCCUGGGGUACCUGCACUUCCAGUGAAAAAUUUAACUGGAUCAGGACCAGUUCACCCAGCUUUGGCAGCAGGGAUGACUGGCAUACUGAUGUGUGCUGCUGGCCUCCCAGUGUGUCUGACUCGUGCCCCUAAACCUAUUCUGCACCCUCCACCUGUCAAUAAGAGUGACUUGAAGCCUGUGCCAGGGGUCAAUGGUAUUCGUCGCAAAAUGAAAAAGAAGCAGUUAAGGAAAGGAAAGAACCCAGAGGAUGUUGUGCGAAGAUACAUGGAGAAAGUCAAGGUUAUUCCUGAUGAGGACUGUACCAUCUGCAUGGAGAGACUAGCCACAGCAUCUGGCUAUGAUGGUGUUCUCGACCACAAAGGGGUGAAACCCGAGUUGGUAGGCAAACUAGGCAAAUGUGGUCAUAUGUUCCACUUCUUGUGCCUGGUAGCCAUGUACAGUAAUGGAAACAAGGAUGGCAGUUUGCAGUGUCCUACUUGUAAAGCUAUCUAUGGGGAGAAGACGGGUACUCAGCCACCAGGGAAGAUGGAGUUCCAUGUAAUACCUCAUUGCCUGCCUGGCUAUCCUGAAUGUAAAACUAUUCGAAUUGUCUAUGAUAUUCCAACUGGCAUCCAGGGACCAGAGCACCCAAAUCCAGGGAAGAAGUUUAGUGCUCGAGGAUUCCCUCGACAUUGCUACUUGCCAGAUAAUGAAAAAGGCAGAAAGGUCUUAAAACUUUUGAUUGUUGCUUGGGAUCGCCGUCUGAUUUUUACCAUUGGCACAUCUAACACAACAGGGGAGUCGGACACUGUGGUCUGGAAUGAAAUCCAUCACAAGACAGAGUUCGGCUCAAACCUGACUGGACACGGAUAUCCAGACCCCAACUAUCUGGACAAUGUGCUUACAGAACUGUCUGCCCAGGGAGUGACUGAAGAAAGUCUGAAGGACUGAGGGAGAAAUGGGAAUUCAUGUCACUUUAAAAUUUCUCACUGAAUGGGUUUUUUUUUCCUAGAAUGAACCAAAUGGAGAACAAAUCUUUUAGUGACUUGCUGAAGAAAUCAAAUUUUAAAAAUGAUUUUGUGCAUUGGGCACAAAUCACUGUGCCAAAAAAUAGCAGAGUGUCAGUGGUGUCAGAUGGAAAAAGAACUGCACCAGUAAUGGUUUAAUGAUAGGUGGGGAUGCUGUUUUAAGACUUCGGUUUCUGUUCAGGCAGCUUCACAAAAUGCGGUCAGAAGGGAGUCAACAAAAUUUAAGUUUGCCUAUGUAGAGAUGCCUGUUACAAAAACUUGAGCACCUCAGUAUGAAAACCGCAAUCCGUGCCGGUCAUGAUGCAGUCACUUCUAAAAAUGUUUAUACUGGAGUGGUUCUUCUUAGGCAGCUGUUAUUGCGGAUGAAGUAGGCAUUCCUGACUGACUGUUUGGUAAUGGAAACUGACCAUUACCUACAUGAUAUGAUUGUCUGAUAGGACUUAAGUGGGCACUUCCCAGCUUUCAUCCUCUGCUUAUGCCAUAAUUGAUGUACAUUUUCUAUGAUUUAGUUAAACUUAAAAGUACAUUCAGGUGUAGUACAUUCAGCUAUAGUUUUAUAUCUUAUUUUCUUUACAGCUGGCUUGUGCCCAAAGCCAACUGUUGCCGUUUUUGGUUUCUUGUGACCCUAAAUAGGUUAGGAGGAGAAGAUAAUAUAAGGAUCUUGAGGUUUAUUUAUGUUAAAGUAAUAUGCAGAGUUUAAAGCCUGACAACUUAUUUGUACCAGCGGUAUAGAGCGGUGUACCACAGUGGUUGACUUUCAGUGGCAGACAAUUCUUUGUCCAAUCCUACUUUUUAAGUCAACAGAGAAGAAGGAAAAAACACAGCAUACUGUAAAACCUAACAAUAUUGGAGGUGGUUUCUUCCUCUGCUCAGACUUUUUUUUUAUGAAACGUAUAAACCUACAUUUAUGACUUAAUUCAGAUUUGACUGCAGCCAAUCAGAAAGUUCAUGCCUGUUUUUAGAGAGUUCAGCUAAAUUGACCUUGGAUGUUGCUUGUUAUACACUGACUGUACAGUAGCAGUGUCAACACAGUAGCCUUUUUCUUUUGAAGACACGCUGCCAGGCUGAGGUCUUCUCUGACCUAUGGUGAUGCUGAAAUCAUCACACAUGCACUCGGGUUUAUAAACAAAACACUUAAUUAUUGCAAUACUGUAAUGCAUACUACAACAAGACUUCACCUUCAAAAAUCUUAAGUGGACCUAGAAUGCUGUUUCCCCAAGUUGUUUUCUUGUAUUUGCAACCACAUCCUUGUUGCAUUGAUCCUUUUGAUCCUCCACAGCCUACACUUGUUUUUUAAUAAGGCAUGUAAUCACUUGAACACUUUUCUUGUUACACAAAAAGACUUUAAUGGCAUGGUUUCUUCAAAUCUAUCCUCCAUUCCACAAAUAUCUAUUAAUUUGGCAAAAAGAUAUUAAGCAGGCAGACUUAUAAAGAAAUCUCCAUUCUGUGAAGGGCAAGCUCCUUCCCACUUUGACAAAUGAUUGCGGGGGAACAUGCCCCAUUUUCCUAAAUCCAGAGCACAACUGUAGUCAAUCGUUAUGCUCAACUAGACAUGCUUUGACAAUGUAAUAUACAGUAAUGAGUGUGUUCCCAUUUCCAGUGAAACCCUGCUAUUUGUCGGCCUCAGGUGUGAAAUUUCUAGCCUUUUACUUGUCAUCUCAAGGUGCAAAGAGAUGGAGCCUUUGAUAAAGCAUCCCACAUCAUAUAGAAGUUGCUUUCAGAAGCAUUACGGUAUUUCCUUUAUUGAAAAAUCAGCUUUAAAUUCAGCUUUUCUUCUGCGAAUUGCCUUUUUCAGACACUAUAUUUACAUAUGUAGUGAAGGUAAAUUAAGGGAACAAUGUAUAGAAAGUCAUAUAAAAGGAAUGAAUACAUAACACCACUUAAUACAAAUAUUUGCAAUACACAUGGAAAAUGUAUUUCAGCUGUCUCUUUAUGCCGAAAAUGAUUGGCAACAAGUCUGGAUAUCAAAAGGUGUUAUUUAUUGUACAUGAGUAAAGCAUACAUAAGGGAGUGAAAGAAAAAAUAAAAAGGAAACAACAAGCACAGAAAUCCUACUCUGGAUGGGUGGCAUAACCACUUGCCACAUCUCAAGUACCAUACAGAUACUCUUUUUCCCUCAGCCUUUCCCCUCUCAUGUCUCACACUCUAAUUCUCAAAAAACACAUUCAGUACCCUGACAAGUGACAGUAGGCAGUCCUGUCAGUGUCUUUUGUUAAUGCAAUGCUUUUGAGUCCUUUAAAGUUCAUUAUAAAUUAAAAAGUGAUACAUUGUGACUAAAGGCAUUAUAAUAUUGCUUGUUCUGCAGUUUAUGAUACCUUGACUGCACAUGGAACUCGUCUUCUCUUUCCAUUAUAAUGGCAGCACCUUUACCACGUGUCAUUCAGAAUAAGUGAAAGGGUCACCUGAUGCACCAACCAGCACCUGUAAAACAAGUAUCAAAUAGCCAGACGGAUAGAGGCAGUCAGGUUAGAUCGCACUGUUUGUUUUUCCUAUUAAUUGCAACAUUAAUAAAUUGGAAUGAAAUGAAUGGUCACCAUUCCAAAAUUGUAAGCUACUUCUUUCUGGUAAAGGUGUGUUGAGGUGGUUCAGAUGAUCAUCUUCUAUUUAAAUAAUCAAAUUGAUUUUGUUUCUGUUUGUCCAGGAGUUGGACUUCUGGCUUGCAUUGAGCCUAUCAAUCAGAGUUUACAUGCACACACACAACUGGGAUAAGGUGAGUAACCUGAUUAAGGCACAAACCUGAUCUCUUGCAAAUUCACUUUUACAUGUGCAAAGCCACUUAGGCUCCAAUGUAAAGUAAAAAAAUAAAGGAAAGGCUAAAAAAACAAAACCGCUGCCAUGAAUCUGAAAAUAAGCAUGGAGUCGGCUUCUGUCUGGAUUGUGCUGAUGAGCUUAAUACUGGAUGUUCAGCUCAUCACCAUAAAUUUAUUGGUUUCUGAAAUAUUGAGACAUAUCAACCAGGAGGAGGAGUAAUGUGAUCACACAAGCUUUUGCCUCAGGAAGUUGAUCUUUGUGGAUGCUUCCACUGUUUUUUACCUGUGGCUGCUGGAUACAUGUGCGAAGCAAAGACAUUUACAGGCUAACAUAGUAAAGUAACCUGGUUUAUGGGUUUACAUGGCCACACAACCAGGUUACUUAUAUUGAAUUGUAAGUGUGUUAACCUGGCUUCCCUCUGAGACCAAUAUUCCAGUUUUUCUAACCAGAAGAAGGGUUUAUAUGGUACUGAUUUUGGCACUUAAUUUUGCUGGAAAGUGCUAAUAAUUUUGAGCCCAGUGCUUGCUUCCCACUUCCUUCCAGAUUGUGCACACUGAUAUAGAAAGAGGCCUGGUGAUAGGAUGAGGAUGGAUCUGUGUUAGGUAAUUAAUUUUACAAAGGACAUUAAAAAAUCCUUAGGGUAGCCAGUUGACAUCUCUAUAGACCCUUUCAACUCUUUACAAACCACCAAACACACACUGGUUAAAAAUGUAUUGUUAUCCUAGUAUUUCUCAAUAACAGAAGAGAAUCGGUGUGGAGUUCAUGCCUUGUCAGUCUUUCCAUGUAGCCAGCUUAACACCUGAAUGUGUACAGAUGAGUGUGUAGCGUCUUAGACAUGGCUUGCAGCAGUCCUGCUCAUUGCUUGCUCACUGUCUAUAGAAGUACUAACUAAUGGGCAGUGUGUGCCCUGUUUUUCUCCUUUAGUGGCCACCAUGCCUAAGCAGCUGGCAUAUUUGUGGCAUACUAAAGUAUGUUACUCUCAGGAAGCCUGAGCACUUUUUCUUAAACUUGUGCAAGAGUUCUGUCUGCCACAAUAAAGAUGUCAUCACUGACAUAUACUGUAGAUCUAUCUGAAGGCCUGUUGUGCUUUUACUAACCCUUCAUAUCUCUACAUAACACAUUUAUAUUCUUGCAUUUUAGAAAUGUUUUCAUUUGUUUCUUUCUCGGCAGAUUUUGAAUCUCCUUUGAUAUUCUGGGGUUUUGGUUUAUGUCAGUUUAGAGUAAAGAUGAACUUGAACUAUGCAGGUGGGAUGACACCUUUGCAUUUCAUUGGUAUUUUCCCAUCAUUUGGGAUCUGCUGAAAACAUUUGAUUUAGUUUCUCAAAACUUCUUGAUGGAUGGUUGCAUCCUUGGCAACAGUGGCCAUUUUACAAGGAUCACUGAGAGAAGCUUUUCCCUCAUAAAGCCACUGUUGAACAUUUCACUUUGAUGACAGUGAUGUGCACUCGGAGCAAAUAUUAAUGUUGGCAACAUUUAUCUAACCUCUAAUUUUCUGCAGCAUCCUUAAUGCACAAUUUGUGAUAACUUGGCAAUAGCCUGUAAAAUAAAGUUCCUGAAACAUGGAAUGAAGCUGAAAAGUAUAUGUGCACACUAAAGACAAACAUUUUGUAAGCCCCAAAUUGGUGGAUAGACAUGCCAAACUUGGGGUUUUCAGUAGUGUGCAAGGCACAUUGAUCUGGCAGCGUUGCCAGUCCCAAUGCUAUGGUGCCCAUCUGACUUAGCCAGUUUUUAAUGGAAUGUUUUUUUUUUUUCCUUUGGGUGACCAGAAUUGAUGUGGAUGAUUUUUUUUAGCAGGAGACCGCCACUACUAUUACCCAGUUUGGGGUUCUGGGCUUUUUAGAUUAUAACAACUUGAGCAACAAUCUAUUAAUCCAAUGGAAGCCUGUAGCAGUGGGGUGGGGGGUCUUCUGGGGUGUCUCGUGUUGAUGGGAGCAGACAGAGAUGGGUGGGAACACCAUGCUCAGAUAGAGUAAAGGAACCCUUGCAUUUUUUCUUUCAAGGGCAUGUUUCUUGGGGGGAAAAAAAAUGCCGAUUUCCUACUGAGACAUUCUUAAAGCCAUCAGAACUUCUUUUUUGUAAUGUGUGGCAAAUAAGAAACAAAAGUGUUUUCACAUAAUAAAAAUAU